AUGGGGUUGUCAUCGGCUCUUCUCCUUUUCUUCUCUCUUUCACUUUUGCUUCCCAACUGUUCAAGCGACGGCCACGUGGAUUCAGUCAAAGCUGUUGAUGUAGAAAAUCCAGUUGUGGAUGUCACGCCAACCCCCAUUGCUGGAUAUACAUCAUCUGCCCGAGGUUCUAAAGAUGUUGUAUUGUUUGAACGUGUUGGAGUUGUGGGUAUAUCAAGAUUGAAACUUGGGAGUUAUGCGAGUGCAUAUCGUGUCACUCUGGCCCCAUCGGUCAAAAUCCCUGAGAGAUUACAUAGCAAAAUUCAAAUUUGCUUUCACCAGAAUGCAUCACUUGGUUUGUGCAAAUGUGAGGAUGGGGAUUGGAAAUCUCUCCAGAAGGGGUUAUGGAGCUCUGUCAUGUCACCUUACGAGAACAGAUAUGUUGAUGUGAAAUUUGUUGGUGAAUUUUCUGGUUCUGUCACAGUCACUGUUGAGGAAGAGUUUCAGCGAUGGCGUCUACUUUGUCUGGCUACGGGUUUUGUUUUACUGCUGUUAGCACCAAUUGUUAGCAGUUGGGUUCCCUUUUACUACAGCAGUUCAAUGGCUAUUGGAGUUGUGCUUGUCAUCAUAAUACUCCUUUUUCAGGUAUGGGAAGUUCCUGAAUAUAAGGUUUUUUCUUCUGGCAAGAGAAAUUACAUAGUUGUAUCUCCAGGGGUUGAUUGUAUUGGUUGGAGGCAUUUCUCAAUUUUGAUGCAUGGUAUUUUGAAUGGUGGAAGUAAGGCUAGCUUUGAAAGUUUGCCUCUGGUUGAUGAUGGAGGUGUGCAGAGGAAGAAUAUAUCCAGCGAUGAGAGAGUCUGGUCAUUCCUUGGAGGUGGAUUCAACUUUGCUUUGACAAAAUUGCUAGAAUUUCAUGUUGUUUUGAGUCCUUUCCAGUUUGUGUGCAGCAAGGAUGUGCCUAUGAUGGAGGCGGUUGGUAAGGUGACGGUAUCUAAAUGGACUCCUGACUCAAACUUCGGGAGGGAUAGGAUGUCUGUUUUUUGGGUGGAUGGAUUGGAAUCGAAGGGAAUGAAACUAUUACCAACUGGCAGGAAAAGUGCAUUCUACCUCACUGUAUAUGGAUCAGUGCUUGGAGCAGGAUCUUUUCUAGUACAUUACUUUUCAAUGCUGGUGGAUUCAGUUCUUGUCAAAUUUGGGCUGAGUGAAGAGAUGCACAAUCCUGUCCCGAUCAAAGCUCAGUCACAAUAG